CAUUGGUGUUGUGCCAGUUGCCUGAGAUCCUGGAUCCAUCUGUCGGGGCUGCUGAGGAUUAAAGACCCUGAAGCUGUAGCCCAAGCCUCCGCCCAUCUUCUCACUGUCCCAAGCUUCCAAGCAUAUUGGAAAUGGAAAAAGUCAAAAGCCCCUCCAAGAGACAGAGCCCCUCAGACCCAAUGGGGCAGGAGCCUUGUGUGAGCGCCAGCACCCCUGUGGCCAGACCCAAGAACCCAGCCACCGCCCUGGCGUGUCCCAGCCCUGACUCAUGCACCAGAGCCACCAGUACCUCUCGUAAGCUUGGGGCUGCCAGGGAAGGCCUGCCAGAGACUGAAGUCAAACUUGAUUUGGCUGACAGAGAGAAUAAGGCCAGCAGUGGCCACAAGAAGAAAGUCAGACUCUCCAGCCCCCAAAAGAAGGGGGAAAGCGACUUGCUCCUGAAGAAGGGCAUCCUUUGGCCUGUGCCUAGUAGCACAUCGGACUGUCCACCUGGCCUGGACCAAGUUCAACUGGAGAAUCAGGCAGAAGGUGCUCUUCUUGGCCGCCCCACCCAUGGUGGAAAGAGAAAACCCCACUCUCUGGGGCGGCCUGAUCUUCAGUCCUCUGCCUCCCAUGCCAAGUGCUGGGCCAGCCCGUGGACACGCGAGCCAGAGGGGCCCUCCGGAGCCUGUGACCUCCAGCUUGUCCCUGGGUCAGAGCCCCCCGUGCGGCUUGAGAAGAGGAAAGUAUCCAGGCAGAAGGCUCGUGGAUGGAAAGAGGAAGGGAUGAAGACAAGAAAGAGAGCAAGGUCCCUGCCGUCCAGCACGGGCUGUGCCUCGGGGCCGGUCCCGUCUCCCCUCCACCGUGAUGAGGGCACGGGGCCUGACAGGCCGGAGGUGAGCCAGCCCGAGGCAGACAAGGCUUCUCAACAGGCGGGCAUCCUCCCAGCCCAUCUGGCCAAGGAGCCGCAGUACCCCAAGAAACGGAAGAAAAGGCAUCUGCUUUGUGGUGUGACGGAGAAGUCAGGUUCCAAGCCGAGCCUCCAGGAGCCGCCUUGCUUGAGCACCCUGGUUAAAGGUACAAAGUUAGAGGCCCGAGGCUUAGGUUCUGUCCCGCAUAACCCAGCCAUACCAGAUAUCAGACAGUUCUUUACUGGGGACUUGAAAAACACCUGCCGUGUCACCUGUACCCUGUGUGGCACCAGUGUCAGAGGGGACAAAGCCAAAGGGCGAUCCCAAGGCUUAGGCCUCAUUCGGCACCUGACCACUAAGCACAGCAUGGAAUGGGAGGGAAAGCUAGCCCCAGGCAGUGCAGGCCAGCAGCCAGCUGGACGGGAACAGGCACAGAGGAAGGCUGGUGCCCUCAACCCUGGGGCGCCUAGAGACCCUCCAGCCACUGUGCCCUGGGAGGAUGGUGGCAAGGAGCUAACCCUGGGCAGACCUGAGCAGCUACUCCUGGCCCUGCCACCACUGCCUGCUUCUCCUGGAUCCGUCAAGGAUAGCCCGGGUGACACAUACGACCCCACCUGGCCCCAGGCUGAGGCCUGGAACCACAGGAUCACAGAGCUGCUCUGUGGCCUGACCCUGCCACUGUCCUUCGUGUCCUCUCUGCCAUUCAGGAGGUUCAUGGCCCAGGUGGACCCUUGCUACCGCCUGCCCUCGCCAGCUUUCUUCUCUGACAAAGCCUUGCCCUUGCUACACGAGGCCAUGGGUGACCAGGUACUUCAGGACAUGCAGUGGGCUGAGGGUGGCCACGUCCACAUUACCUCUUUCGUGUCAGACCAGGACUCAGCUGUGAGCUACAUGGCCAUUGCUGCCCACUGGGUGGCCAGCAAGCCUGCAUCUCCAGCAAACCUACGGAAGCACGCGGUACUCUGGGUCCGGGGCCUGCCCCUUGAGAAAGCCUCUGAGGAUGGGCAGCCUGAACUACUGGAGCAGAUCAGCCUGUGGCUGGGCCGUGGCUCCCUGAGGGCUGGUUUCCUGGUAUCGGGUGGCUGCCCCAGUCUGGAGUGGGCAGUGAGGGCUGAAGGUUACAGCCACAUACCCUGUUUCACCCACUGCCUUGACUCCCUGGUGAGCAACUUCUUGUGUCACCACCAUAGUGUCCAGAUUAUCCUGGGCACUGCCAGGGCCAUCUGCAGCCAUUUCCAAGGUUCGGCAGAAGCCCGGAGCCUGCUCCACCAGGUCCAGCAGCAGUGUGGCCUCCCAACCCGGCAGCCCUUUGAGGAGCUCUCAGACGACUGGGGCUCAGCCUACUGCUUGCUGGAGUGGCUGGUGGGGCAGCAGCCCGCCCUGCAGGCAUAUGCUGAGAUCCAGCAGCCGGGCAAGGCAGGCACUGCCUUGUCCACUGUGUUCUGGAGCCUGGCAGACAGUCUGGUCAAGCUCCUACAGCCCUUCCAGAUGGUAAUCCGCGAGGCGAGCAUGCCCCAGGCUUCCCUGAGCCAGGUGCUACCCCAGCUGCGCUACCUGCACAUCUUCCUGGAACAGGUGCACAGACAUUUUCAGGAGCAGAGCGCUGGGGACGUGGGUACAGCCCUGAGGCUGGCUGAGGGCUUGGCCCUGCAGCUCUCCACAGACCGCCAGCUCAACGAGCUCUUCCACCGUGAGGAGUUUGUGCUGGCUACCCUGCUAGACCCGCGCUUCAAGGGCAAGGUCGAGGCUAUCCUGCCCGAGGGGGCCGACAUUGACCACUGGAAGCAGGUCCUGGUGUACAAGGUGAAGGAGAUCAUGGUGACUGAAUACUUGCCUGCCUCGAGUGCAAGGCGCAAGGGUGUGCACGCGAGCGCCACCCGGCGGGCCAGGGCUGAGCGGAAGGGCCAGCGGGAGUCUCUGCGCAGGCACAGUGACCCUGGCCCCUUCCUGCUGGUGCAGAGGGAGAAGAGCCUGCUGGAGCAGCUGGAGAGUGUGGGCCUCCUGGUGUCCCAGAGCAGCGGGGCCUCUCUCUCCACUGAAAACCACCUGGCCAGCGUCAUUGUUAGGAGAUACCUGCGGGACAACGAGAUCAUUGGAGCCCAGGAGGACCCACUGUCCUACUGGGAGAAGAAACGCAGUGCCUGGCCAGCCCUGGCCCAGCUGGCCACCAUCUACCUGUCCUGCCCACCCACAAGAGCCUUCUUAGCAAACGUCUUGGCCUCCCUGGACAGCCCCACCAUUGUAGACCGGAAGCCCCCCCUCAAAGUAGAGGCCAUUGAGCACCUGCUCUUUCUGAAGACCAACCUGGAGAACUUCCCUCACUACACCCCGCCGCACCUUGUCUUCUCCAGUAGUGACCCGGGUGAGGAGGAGCAGACCCCAUAGCCCACCGGGCAUGCGAGGGUGGGCACACCAGGAUGGAUGGCAAGCUAGGUUCCAGAGACCUCGAGAGCUUCGAGGUGCAGCCCGCCCUCUGCAGCUCACAAGACUUACUCCGGGAAGACCUGCAGCAGAGAAGCGUGGGGCACAGUUCUACAUCUGGGUGUCACCAUCUGAGACCUGCGGUGUAGGGACAGCAUCUCUGUCCUUGACAAGGUGCCACUUCCUCCCCGUGGGUCCAUGUAUAUCCAGCAGUGUGCAGAGGGUGGUCCUACUGCUGUUCUAGGUGAUGUGAGCUUACUUCAUGGUGUUUAAAACUGAAUUAUGAAAUAUGUCACGUUAGAUGUUAGGGACCCACAGAGCUCAUCCACGUGGAUAAGUGGAAGCGUUCCUUUAAGAAGCAGCUUUCGCCUGGAGCCCAUGUCUGUAAUCUCAGCUGCUUGAGAGACUGAGGCAGGAAGAUAGCAAGUUUGAGGCCAACUUGCCCCAGAAGAAAAUAUAAAAGGGGCUGGUGCUACCACUCAGUGGUAAAGUGCCCUAGGUUUGAUCCCUACACCCAAACAAACCCCAGACUUCCCAAAGAGGAAGGGAGGAAGCCGGAAGCAGAGUAGCCGUCCUGGAAGGGAAGUGCGUACACCAUGCACACACAAUAGUCUCGGGGACCCCAGAGUGGCCAGGGAACCCCAAGGGCCAGGACUCUGCAGCUGACCCAGAGAGCCAGGAGGUGCCCAGUCUGCAGCGGGCUGUCCUUAGGCCCAGGCUGCUAGGUCCUUGUUCCACCUGGCAGCACCUACCCUUGCCCCUGUCAGGGCAGAUACAUGUAUUUGGAAGAGGGGAAGGGUG